GAAACACAAACAAAAUUUUCACUUCCCAGUUGGUAUCCAAAGUCUCUUUCUCUCUCUACAACCACUUUCUCUGAACCUUUUGGUCUUUUGGCUUCUCUGCAACUUUACUUUGUCGAGCUUUCAUUUACGGAGAGCCAAAAUUGCCUUCAUUUGUCCAAUUCAGAGUCUUUUUUUAUAGAUCUUUAGAAAAAUCCUUUUUUUUUUUUUUUCCCGUUUCUGUUUCCUUUUUGGGUUCCCAUUUGAUGAGUGAUUGAUCUCGUUUUAGAGGAAACUAAAGGUCGUUUUGUUUUUUUGGCAACAAUGAAGUCUUCAAGUCGGCUUGACUCGGCUGUUUUUCAACUCACUCCAUCUCGGACAAGGUUUGUUCGUUUUGUGAGCAAUCCAGAGGUCUUGGAACGCGUGUAUGCCUUGGAAUCUGAGAUCUUGCAGAUUGAAGAGGCAAUUGCGAUUCAAAGUAACAAUGAAAUAGGGUUGGCCAUGGUCAAAGAUCAUCAAACAAAAUCUGUGGAACACAUUGAUGGUACUGUUGAAGAAGACAUCUUCCAUACCGUUUUUAGUUUUAUGAACUUCAUGUUAACUUUAAUCUAUUUGGAAUGGUUAUACAUUUUAUGCUUGCUGUUCACCCUCAGUUACUGUCAAUUGAUUUUUCUUCUUUUUCUUCCUUCUCUUUCUAGUGGGAGGAGGAUAUGUGUUAUCUGGUUUUAUACAUACUCUUUUAGAUUUUCCAUCAUGUGUUAUAGUUGUAUUAGCAAAGUUUUUUAAUUUGAGAUGUUAUAUUUUAUCAAGCUUUUAUUAUAAGAACUAGAUUCUGAAGAAUAUAAAUCUCCAGAUUUGGUCAUGUUUCUAUUGGUUUUGGAAUAACACUCAAUGGUUUUUGACAGGUAGCAGGCCUCUGCUGGAUUCUAAUGAGGAGAAAGCCAUUGUCCUUUACAAGGUGGGUGCACACCUAAUAAUUCUCAUACAAUGGCUUUUGACAGUGAGAGAAUUGUUAAAACACCUUGAGUGAGAGCAUAUACCAAGGCCAGUGUCAAAUCUCCAACGAUUCCAUCUUAAUUUUUAAAUUCAAACUCAAUCAUAAUUAAUCCAACCACAAUGCCUAUGACAUUUUCCUAACGGUUUUCUAAUGGGUACAAAUUUGUAUCCAUUAAAAUUUAUUUGAUGCACUUUACUAACAUGGUAAAUUUUAAUUUAUAAUUCAUUAAAUGAUUUUUCUAAUAAUCAAUACAAAUAUAUAAUCGUUAAGAUUUAUUUAAUACACCACACUAGCACAAAUAAUUACUAUUUUAAUGAUAAAUGAACCCACUAGUAAGGGAAAAGUACACUUACCAUUAAAAUUGUUGCUCCCCAUGCUAGCGAGGUAUUAAAUAAAUCUUAAUAGGUGUA